AUUCGACUUCUCUCUUCUCACCUUAAAGCUUCUGUCUUUAUAUUCUUCUUAGCUCGUAGUUAAGCAAUUCCUCUUUGAGGUUUAGAGACAUGUCUUAUAUUCCACCACAUAAGCGACAUUCGAAGGAUCCGGCCAAACCUUCCCCUGUUCCAGAUUCUCUUGUUACAAAAUUCAAGAAAAACCUCGACUUUAAUAGUAGCAGUGAUAAACACAACAAGAUUAUCUAUUCAGGAGAUUCCAUUUCCAAAUGGUUUCUUGUUGGUUCAAACGGAAUUGAGGAUGAUGUUCCUUCGUAUGUUAAGUUUGUGCCCUUGUCCUCUGAUUCUGUCGAGUGCAGAAAAGGAGCAAAGCCUUCAAUACUGAUGAACAACAAUGUCCAAAAUGUGAAUAUGAAUAUUGGAGAGGGCAAAGAUGAGAGAACUCAGUGGCAAUUAGUAGCUGACAAGGUUAUGGAGGAUCUUGUGUUGGCAUAUGAGCGAGCUAAGACUGAAAUGGAGGAGCGUCAUCAUGUAUUGAGAUUGGUUGCUCGGUCUGGUAAAAUUUUAUUCUAUGGGAGUCAAGCUGGUCCUGUGGCUGAAUGUUCACUAAAAAACUUGAAUAAGAUGUUCUCUACGGAUGUCCCAGUGUCUUGCUUACAAUACAUCAAAUCUAAGGUUGUACCAAGCCAUGGAUUCUCUAUUGAUGUGGAAAAGGAAACAUACACUGUGAAGGUAUCGCAUUAUACUCGUCCCCAUGCAACCAUCAACUGUAAAUGUACCCUUAAGGAAGAUGGACGGCUCAGUAUGUACAAGGCUGAGCUUAAUCCUGUAAGGCAUAUGGUUGUUGAUGUGUCAUGCAUCGAUAAGAAUCUUGACAUGAGACUGAUGCUCGCUGCCAAAAGGAAAAUGACGUCUCUCACUAAUAAAGAGAUGAGCAACAUUAAAGCGCUAUUGGAUUCAGCAACUGUUGAUCCAAAUGUAAAAGGCGGUUUAAAGUGGCCAUUAGGUAAAGCUUCAUCUGAAGAUGGAUACAGAGUAUUUGAAGCUUGUCACGUUAGAGCUACUAUCUACAAAAAUCAAACUCUAAGGCUUAGGGUAAGAGAGACUGAUAGAUUCAAUGAGAGAAUUGGAACAGGGGAAAUCAAGAGGGAGGUGACUCUGAUACUUAAAGACCUAAACUCUAAGUUACAGGAGCAGAACACUGAGAGGGGUGAUGUUUUGGAGAUGCUACGAGAUACUCUUGGAACUAUAUGGGACUUCUUGCAUUGCGAUGCCUAUCUUAUGUGAUGGAGAACAAUAUGAUGUUUGCUCGUUCUAUCGGGUUUCUUUUUUUCUUUCUGCUGUGUUUUGGUACAAUAAUGUUUAAGGUUGUGAAGGAAUGAUGUUUAAGGUUGUGAAGGAAUGAACUUAUGUGUGACAA